AUGUUAAAUUUGAAUGAGAAGUUGGAUAAGCUGAUCUUAGCUCAGUCCACAAUGAAGAAAGUCAACUUUGUGUCUGCUGAAGAGAUGGAACCAGUCCAAGAAGGGGAGGAUACACAAUUUGCUGAGGUAUGCUACAUGAGCAAUGGGCAAGGAGGUUACAACAAAGGAUACUAUAAUUACAAGUCCAACCCAGCCAUGUCAUACCGCAACACUGAUGUUGCUAACCCUCAGGACCAGGUCUAUCCUCAACAACAAGCAAGCUCGAUCGAGUCAAGCCCACAACAUGGGUAUGGUCAAAAACAACUACCAAGGACCCUCAAGGGACUUUUCCUGGUCAGCAAAUGCACAUACCACCUGGCUUUCCCCACCAACCACCCCAGCCUGCACCUACACCUGAGAAUGAGCUCAAGGCAUGCUAAACAACUUGCUUCAAGGGCAAGCUGA